AGAGGAGGUGGGUUCUGUGGUUCCAUUGGUCUGCUCUCUGACUUCCUGUCUGUUAAUAAAGUGACUCACACGUAUUCAAAGUUAAAGGAGAACGCUGACACCUGGUGGACAGAUGAUGACGUGUCUUUGUGUUUAUGUCUCCAGUCUAACAACGUACAGGUGGUGCAGCAUCCUCACAUGACUCACCUCCACCCUCUGCUGUCCUACAGCCCCGAGGCCUUCUCCCCCCAGAGGGCCUCACCUGGCUUCUCUCCUGAUGCAGGUAUGUCGAGGACCCCCUGCUACCCGGUGUCUCCUGGAGGCAUGGCUCAGAUCCCUCACCCUCUAGGAUGGCUACAGGGACAGACCAUGUACCCUCUGGGAGGAGGCUUCUCCCCUGCUGCUCUGGCUAUGAACGCCUCCAUGUCCAGCCUGGUGUCUGGUAACUUCUCUCCACAUCUGGUGCCAACCCCCCAGACAUCCGUGAAGCAGGAGCCUGGAGGCAGCAGCCAGCCGGGAAGGUCCACGUCAGAUGUCCAGCAGGACAAAGAAGACGAGAAGAAGCCGCACAUCAAGAAGCCGCUGAACGCCUUCAUGCUCUACAUGAGAGAGGAGAGACCUAAAGUAGUGUCUCAGUGCAAAGUGAAGGAGAGCGCCACCAUCAACCAGAUACUGGGACAGAGGUGGCAUUCUCUGUCCAAAGAUGAACAAGCCAAAUAUUACGAACUGGCUCGUAAAGAGAGACUCCUUCACUCCAAACUUUACCCCAGCUGGUCAGCCAGAGAUAACUAUGGUAAAAAGAAGAAGAGGAAGAGGGCGAAGAGUGAGACCCAGUUUGAAGAUGAAGAAGGCUACCCCCCUCAGCUGAAGAGACCUUGUGUGCCCCCUGAGGAGACGCCUCACACACACACUCUGCUCACACAGACUGCACACACACACCCCCGCUCCCACCUGACACAGCCGCACACCGUCUCCCACCUGACACACACACACCUGUCCCAGGCAAGCCCCGCCUCCUCGCUGGACUCCCCGGCGACGCCGACCACCUCUCUGGCAUCGCCUGCCGCUCCGGCGCCGACGCACACCGAGCACACGCACUCGUAUGGCGGACAGGUGUCACCGUACGGCGAGCAGCUGCAGCCGCUGUCCCUCACCACCAAACCUCACCGGACCCCCCACCCUCUGAGCCGCAGCACCGUCACACCAGGACCCUCCACACCCACCUCCUCCUGCGACACCCCCAUCUCCUCACCUCACAUGGCUCCUUCCAGGUGUUCACCCCCUCCUCCGACCUUCCUCGUCCCGCCUCCUACCUCCGCUCACCAAUCAGCCGCGAGCUCUCACGGUGCCUUAACUCAUUCACAGCUGUUCUCACGCAGGAGAACCAAUCAGCUGUGAGCAGAUGAUUUCAUUCUGUGAACCUUCAAAUAAUUAAAAACAACUUUUUUAAUGCUGUAAAUAAGCUUUCUUUUUUAAACUUUUUUAUAGAUGUAUAACAUUUUAUAUUAGUAUGAAAAGGAUAAAUAAUUGGUCAAUAUUUGACUGCGUCUAACUUCAUGAAACUGUAUUUUUUUGCAAACUGUCACUUUUUCUAAUGACUUUCUAUGAAUGAACUUGUUGUAACGGGACGUUUGGCACCGGGAUUUGUUUCAAAAAGCUGUUUUUCACCUGGUUGUAAUGAGUGUAAAUCUAUUUUCUGGUUCCUCUUCUGUGUUAAUAAAUAUUCACUGAGUUCAGCAGU